AUGUCGGACUCCGCUGUAGUCGCGAGCAACAUUCUGGCCUCAAGACUUAAAGGUCGCGUGGUGACACCAGACGAUAAUCUAUAUCAAUCCGAGAAGAAUUUCCCCUGGUCUCAAACAUGUUGGCUCCCUGCCGCCUGUUAUGUGCAACCUCACACCUCUGAUGAAGUUGCUAUUGCGCUAAAAUGCAUUAAGGAGGCCGAAUCUCAAUUCGCUAUUCGAUGUGGUGGGCAUAACUGCAACGUCAAUGUUAGCAGUGUGGACAGCUCCGGAGUUGUGAUCGAUCUUCGCAACCUUAAUUCCCUCUCACUAGACAGGACGAGCGGUAUUGCCCGCGUUGGUGCAGGGUGCAAGUGGGAGCAGGUAUACGCGUUUCUUGAGGAGCAUGGUCUCACUGCUAUAGGGGGUCGGCAGAAGGAUGUUGGAGUAGGAGGUUUUUUUCUUGGAGGGGGCAUGUCUGCAUUUUCCAAUCUCCAUGGAUUAGGGGCAGACAACAUCGUGAAUUUUGAGGUAGUUCUUGCGAGUUCGAUAAUAGUAAACGCAAACAAGGAUGAGAACUCAGACCUGUGUCAUGCUCUCAAAGGAGGUGGUUCUAACUUCGGCGUUGUGACUCGAUUCGAUAUUCAGACUUGCGAGAUCAAAGCUCAAUACACUUUAAACAUGUAUGAUCUGGCAGACUACUCAAACAUCCUACGCGCCACUAUCGAAGUACAAGAAGCCAUGGAGACAGAUCCGAAAUACGGCAUGUUCGUCACGUUCUACCCUACCAUGUGUUUCGUAGGUCUUUUCUACGCCGAUUGGGCUGAGGAGACCCCAAAGGCCUUCAAGUCCAUGAAGUCACUCGUGGAUUCUUUAAGGCCUGCGACGCAUCUCAGACGCCAGGUUUACACAGCGAGCACCAAACUCUCAUAUGACAUGUACCUCAACAUACAUAAACAUUGGCUGGGGAUGUUAGAAAAGAACCCAGGUGCUGGCAACAUGUUCUACGCUAUACCGCCCGUAUCAACAAAUGUGUCGCAGCUCGCAGAGGCCCGCGGCGGGAACCCGAUGGGGAUAGAGCGUGUACCACAGACUUGGUGGGCUUUCGCCUCCGAGUGGGAAGAUGAGGUGAAUGAUGCGGCUGGUUACCAAGGAGUAAGCGAACUCUGCUCGGGCGCGCAAAAGAUUGCGCAGGAAAAGGGGCAGCUGCUCAACUUGAUAUUCAUGAACGACGCCUCGACUUCUCAAAAUGUGCUUGCAAGUUACGGCGCAGAUAACGCUAGAAUGUUGCAGGAGACGGCAGCUAAGUAUGAUCCCCAGGGGGUCUUUCAAAAGCUACAGUAUGACGGGUUCCUUAUACGAAAGAUGUAG